UGCUUGAGACCUGAAAGUGUUUAUACAUGUGUGGGAACAGAAACAGGGAGCGAGACAGAGCAUGCGCGUGUGUGUUUGUCUGUGCAUGUCAGUCGCACACUAACUCCUGAAAUUAACAACUCAGCAAAAAAUGAAGAAAAAGCUGCUGGCAGACACUUUAUUAUGAAUCUUUGUGUGGUGGAUUUAAAAGCUUCUGGAGUAUGAAAUCACUGGACUGAAGAAGAGGACAAAGUCUGGAGAUCAUGGGAGGUGUGAGUACUGUGUUAGCACAGACUAACCAUUCACAGCACAGUAACUUCACCCAGGUCUCCAAUUCUUCUAGACCAGAGUACAGCGAUGCAGAACUCGUGCUGCUUGGUGUUGCUAUGGCCAUUCUGGUCCUGGCUAUAGUUUUCGGAAACGUGUUGGUGAUUACCGCCAUCCUGCGGUUUCAGCGGCUCCAGACUGUCACCAAUCUUUUCAUUGCCUCAUUGGCUGUUGCUGACCUCAUCAUGGGUGUGGUUGUGGUCCCCGUUGGCUCUAUCUCCAUCCUGCGGGGAGUCUGGCAGUUCGGAAAUUUCAUGUGUGAUUUCUGGACAGCGACCGAUGUGCUAUGCGUGACUGCCAGCAUUGAAACGCUUUGUGUGAUCGCACUGGACCGCUACCUUGCCAUCACCUCACCGCUCCGCUACCCAACGCUGCUCACCAGGGGUCGAGCUGUUGCAGUGGUGCUUGCAGUUUGGGUGGUGGCCUCCCUCAUCUCCUUCCUACCCAUACAUCUGAAGAUGUCGGUGUCACGUGAUCCCAGAGCUCUCCAAUGUCUGGAAGAUGAAAACUGCUGUGAGUUCAACACGAAUACGGCAUACGCAGUGACUUCUUCAAUUGUAUCAUUCUACCUGCCACUGGUGGUGAUGAUUUUCCUGUACACCCGCGUGUUCCAGGAGGCUCAGAAACAGCUGGAGAAGAUCCGAGGAAGGGAAAGACAUAUGUAUAACUUGCAUUGCGCUUCACAGUUUGCUUAUCCUGAUGAUAGCCCUGCAUUAAAUCAAAGCAGGACAGGAACUGAGGUGGGAGAAGAAGCAGGAGAUGAUAGUCUAAAUAUGCAAAACCCAAGUAUAGACACUGGUAAAGAAGAAAAGGGGAAAGAGAGCAGAUUGAGGACAGACAAAGGGGACGGAAAACAUUCCGCCACAAAGCGUCUUAAGUUUUCUCUUAAAGAGCAUAAAGCUGUAAAAACUCUGGGUAUCAUCAUGGGAACUUUCACACUGUGUUGGCUACCAUUCUUCAUCCUCAACAUCCUCAGAGACAUACUCAGCCUGGAAAACAUUGAGGUACCCUUUAGACUCCUCAAUUGGCUUGGAUAUUCCAACUCAGCCUUCAACCCUCUCAUCUACUGUCGCAGCCCCGAUUUCAGGCACGCCUUCCAGGAGAUACUCCGUUUGAGGAGUAAGGGAAGACAGUGGAGCAUAAGGAGACUAUUGGGACUAUGCAGCGAGAACAGCGGUUAUCCCCCACAAAGGCUGAAUGGGAACUCAGCUCCUACUGAUGUUACAGAACUUGACAUUCAGCAUUCUAGAUGGAAGGGCAGUGUGGAGAGUUCAAUUCAAGGCAGCUCACUGAAUCUAGCUCCUCCAUCUUCUUGCUCUGAGCAAGUUUUAGAUGUAGCUCCAGGAUCCUUGACCAACGGGCAGGCAAACCGUUCUGCCACCUGGAGCUGUAAGGACAGUCUGAGUUCAAUAGCUUGACCAAUUAGAGCAUUAGGAUUCCCAUUGUGUGUGCAGUAAGCACCGAUUUGUUGAAGUUAAUAAUGUUGGUGUUUGAGAGUUGAGUAACUCAACCUUUUGGUCUUUUAUAAGGCCACAUUGUCAGCAUUUUUAUUUAUGAUCCAGGGUCCGAUUUUUCCUCAUAAUGGCGUGAAUCAAGAAGGCAGCUACAUGGGCAAACCAUAUUCAGCAGUGUCUCCUUUCAAACAGGUAUGAAGUUUGUCUCGAUCAUGAAGGCAUCAUGCUGUAGCUUAUUUAACAAAAAAAAGGGCAGUUUUUUGGCUCACGAGCUAUAAACACAGGAAAAGUUUGCAAAGCAGCGCCUUGAAAAAAAACUCACAAAGUGACAUCAAACAUUAUCAACUUCCUCAAAUUGGAAUUACUACAGGGAUGAUAUUGGUACCAAAUAAAACAUGUUUUAAAAGUACUAAAAUAUCAUGCAUGCUACUUCAUUCCAAAAUGCUCCUCGACUAAAGGCAUGAGAUUACCUGUUGCUUAAAAACAGAAGAGGAGUGAGCCGUCGGCGAGAAGGUUGCUGCUUCAAAACACUGCACAUUGUCAAAAAGAUCAUUGUCCUCAUAAUAAGAGUGCAGCACAGCAGCAUUAGAAUGUACUGGAGAGUCAGAACAUUAAAGACUUAAACGUUUGGACUUUCAACUACUGUUGAUCAUUAACAGCCCCUGAGUUAUCAGGUGGGAUGAAUAAGAUUCGCAUCAGUAGAUGUACCUCUACACCUCCCAAAGCUAAUAUUUAUUUAAGAAUCAAUGUCAAAAUCCUACAUUGCCUUGUUCUUGAGUUAUCUCAUUCACAAGAUUUCCUGAAAACUUGACCUCUGAGGUCAAGGUCACUGAGAUUCUGACUCGUUCGAGAUUUUUAUCAAUUUGAAUAUCCUGCGUCGCCUCGUUCUCGAGUUAUCUCCAUCACAAACUUGAGUGUCUACCUUGCCCGCCCACUUGCCAGGGUUACGAUAAUACUCAAUCAGGUUUAUACAGCUGAAGGGUAAAAAUGAAUUUUAGAAUAAGUAAAAGUGUUUUGACAGAACAUAAUGUGUUCUUGCAAAAUACCAUCAAAAUACCAGAUGAGGACUACCUGUCUUGAAAAGCUGCCACAGUAAUGGAGCCUUUUAAGUCAAAAACGAUGGUUUCUUACAUUGUUCCACAAAGGAUUAAAUGUGAAAUUUAAAUAAUAUUUGCAGUUAAAAUAAACGUUUUUUUUCUCAGAAACCAAAGUUUAUGUAUAAUAUCAAGAUAAACUCUCCGUGAACCAGAACCCAACAGGACUGAGAUAAGAAACUACAUGUUUGCCCAGUGGCCAAAGGUUUUAUUUGAAACAGGGAGUAUAUUUUAAGGCUCGCAGUUUGCCUGUUUUCUCCAUUCCUUCUAACAAAACUCACAACUGGUCUGUAGUUAUUUGGUGGUGUAUAACUGUGUAUCAGAUAAACAUGUGAGACCCAAACUUGUGACUGUCAUAAGUGUCCUCCCCAUGUGUUGGCUUCCUUUCAUCACGUAUUCCCUUAAAGUAUAUCCCCCACUUUGUCCCUCCACCAACAACACCAUGAACCCACGCUUUCCCCCUGUCUGCUUUUGCUCUGUUAUAAGUAUGAAGGGUGCACUCUGUCACAAGAGCUGGGAGAUCUUUUUUUAUGUAGUUGGAUCUGGUUCAAUAACAUUGUCUGUUACACUCCCUGUAAAAACAUACCAAUCAGGUUACACAUAUUUUAAGUGCUUACUUUAUACAUUGCUCUCAGCAGAAGCUUUGCAGAAACAAAAAAAUUGUUUGGAUUAGUCUUUAUUUCACCAUUUCCUAAAUUCAAAGUGAUGAUAAUAAAUUUGUCCAAAUACGAAGUAGAGCAAGUCAGACUGAAAAUGAUCUCUCUUGUUCAUCUUUUAUGUGCACAAAUAAUUAUUUGAUAUGUGAUUUUUUUUUUAAAUACUCUUGAACAAUGUCAGUUACUGUAAAUAUCACCUGCAUGUAUCUGUCUCAGUGUACAGUAUGUUUACAGUAUGUGAAAAUGAGUAUUUUUGCAAUGUAAAGCUCAAAACAUCCACAGUUGUUGAAAUUUGGUUUACCUUUCAGGUGGGUGUUGUUUUUUGCAUUGGGGUUCAAGUUCAUUAAGUUAUGGGAAAUAAAACAGGUAGAAUAAC